AUGGCCAGCCUGAAGGCCAAGACGCCGUUCGGCGCCCUGCGCGGUCUUGAGACGUUCUCGCAGCUUGUCGUGGCUAACGGCCAAUCUCGGGCGAUCCAGAAGACGCCGCUGCAUAUCGAAGAUAGGCCUUUCUUCCCGCACCGCGGUAUCCUAUUCGAUACGUCGCGCAACUUUUACUCAGUCGAGUCGAUUCUGCGCACUCUCGAUGCCAUGUCGUACAACAAGAUGAAUGUCUUCCACUGGCACAUCGUCGAUGCUCAGUCGUGGCCUGUUGAGUCCAAGACCUUCCCUGAGCUGCAAAAGAAGGGUGCCUACGCUGCGGAUAUGACUUACUCUUACGCUGACGUAAAGCGCAUCAUUCAGUAUGCCAAGGAGCGUGGUAUUCGUGUCAUUCCUGAGUUUGAUGUGCCAGGCCACACCUACAUUGUUGGUGAGGUAUUCCCUGAGCUGAUGUCGUGCAUGAACAUGCAGCCAAACUGGGAUCAGUAUGCUGCUGAGCCUCCUAGUGGCCAGCUCAACAUCGCCAAGCCUGAGACUGUCGAGUUCACCAACAAGCUGUUCAAGGAGUACACCGAGCUUUUCACUGACAAUGUCUUCCACCUUGGCGGUGACGAGGUAAACCGCAAGUGCUGGAACGAGGAUCCCGAUGUCCAGAAGUACCUGGCUGCACACCCUGGUGAGGACGUCGAAUCACUGCUUGUCAAAUGGUAUGCACAGGUCCACGACUACCUUGGAUCGCUGAACCGCACUGCCUUCACUUGGGAGGAGACACUGUUCCAUUCCAACUACACGCCCCCCAUGGACACGAUUGUGCAGACCUGGAUCGACGAGCAGUCGAUUCCCAAGACGGUUGCCAAGGGCUACCGCUCGAUUGCGUCGCCUGCUAACUACUACUACCUCGACUGCGGACACGGUGCCUGGCUGUCGAACUGGGCUGCAGGUAACUCGUGGUGUGACCCGUUCAAGACCUGGAUGAAGAUCUACAGCUUCGACCCGUUGGCUAACAUCACUGACCCGGCACAGCAAAAACUUGUCACUGGUGCUGAGGUCGCAAUGUGGUCGGAGCAGAGCGAUGAGAUCACGAUCGACAAGUACCUGUGGCCGCGUGCCGCUGCCAUGGCCGAAACUGCUUGGUCUGGCAAGAAGGAUGCCACUGGCCGUGUGCGCACCACCGAGGAGGUCGCGUCGCGCCUGCAUGAGCAGCGCUUCCGCAUGGUUGGCCGCGGUAUUGGCGCUGAGCCCAUGCAGCCCCUGUGGUGCGCUCGCAACCCAGGUCACUGCAACUUCCCCGAUGCUGACAAGGCAGCGGUUCCCGCUUAA